CUCGUCCGUCAUGUCCGAGACCGCGCCUGCCGCACCCGCUGCCCCGGCCCCCGCCGAGAAGACCCCGGUCAAGAAGAAGGCUCGCAAGGCCUCUUCGGGUGCCGCUAAGCGCAAGCCCGCGGGUCCCCCCGUGUCCGAGCUGCUGGUCAAGGCCGUGGGCGCGUCCAAGGAGCGCAGCGGGGUGUCGCUGGCCGCGCUCAAGAAGGCGCUGGCGGCCGCCGGCUACGACGUGGAGAAGAACAACAGCCGCAUCAAGCUGGGGCUCAAGAGCCUGGUGAGCAAGGGCACCCUGGUGCAGACCAAGGGCACCGGCGCCUCCGGCUCCUUCAAGCUCAACAAGAAGGCUGCGGCGGGCGAGGCCAAGCCCAAGGCCAAGAAAGCCGGCGCCGCCAAGGCCAAGAAGCCCGCGGGCGCGGCCAAGAAGCCCAAGAAAGCCACGGGCGCCGCCACCCCCAAGAAAGCUGCCAAGAAGACCCCGAAGAAACCUAAGAAGCCCUCGGCAAGUGCUGCAGCCAAGAAACCAAAAAGCCCCAAAAAGGCAAAAGCAGCGAAGCCGAAAAAGGCUCCCAAGAGCCCGGCUAAGGCUAAGGCGGUGAAGCCCAAGGCUGCUAAACCCAAGAGCGCCAAGCCUAAGGCUGCGAAGCCGAAGAAGGCAGCGGCCAAGAAGAAGUAAAGUUCCUUUGGCCAGCCGCUCAGAAGCCCAACAACCCAAAGGCUCUUUUCAGAGCCACCCACUGAUCUCGUGAAAAGAGCUGUUGCACUUUGAAGGGGGGUGUGGCUGUGGUGGACGUGAUACCGGGAGGGGGCGGGCUUUC